UUUAUAUAUCCAUGAACUCACACACUACCACUCAUGCUCCUACUUGGAAGCUCCCUUCGUCUCAUAAUAAAAUCCCACGUCGAUACCCAUCAACAUCGAUCACUCGCCUAUAUAUAUUCCAUGCAUGACUCACACUCUUCCUUGUCUGAACGUUUGCCAGGAAUUAGCAAAUCUACUGGAGAAUUGCUCAGUUGGGGAUUCAUGGAGCAGAGUGUAGCAGAGAGUGGAGGGAAUUACCGGGGAGUUCGGAGGCGGAAAUGGGGGAAAUGGGUGUCGGAGAUACGUGAGCCGGGGAAGAAAACGAGAAUUUGGUUGGGCAGCUUCGAAACGCCGGAGAUGGCAGCCACCGCCUACGAUGUCGCGGCGUUACAGCUUAGAGGACGGUCGGCGAGGCUUAACUUCCCUGAGUUGGCGGGCAGGCUUCCUCGUCCUGUGAGUUCCAAUGCUGAUGACAUCCGGUCGGCAGCUCAUGAGGCGGCUUCACUGCUCAAAGGCCACCCGACGGGAAGCUUCGAGGUGGGUAGCUCUGGCUCCAGCUCAUACUCUGUUCCAACAACCGUGGGGUUGUCACAGAGUCAAAUUCAGGCUAUAAAUGAAUCACCAUUGGACUCCCCUAAGAUGUGGACAGAGUUAGCAGAGGCUCUGUUGGUGGAGCCACCUACUGUAGUUUACAGGGAUACCGAAAUGAGUUACUGGGGGGAUGAAAUGCAAAGCGAUUUCCUUUGGACCCCCUAGGCCCUAGUUAGAUUACUUGUAGCUAUAUUCUAAUAAUAACUAAAGUCUAAGAGAAAGACCAUUAAUUAACUUGAGAGACAGAGAAAGAGAGAUUUAACCCAACUGGUAUUUUAUUUUACGAUAAUAUCCAUUGGGUCCUUCUCCAUGUUGCUUACUUGUCUCAUAUUAAACAAUAUAACCGGAUUUUCUCAUAUUGGGGAUUUGGGAUUCAUUAGGGUCUGAUUUGGGAAGAAACAAAGCAAGAAAAAGGAACUGUUUGUUGGUAGGUGGGGAGUUGGGGAAUAUAAUUAAAGUUUGUAAGUGCUUGUAUUUGUGAGAAAAUUGUUAAUUCUACAUUAAUUCCUGUAUACUUUAUUCCAAGGGGGGCCUUUCAUGUCCAAGAUGAAGUGUUCAAGGGGCCCAUCUGAGUAGAGGUGAGAUGCUUUUUGAGGGUUACAUAUAGCUUGUGGUCGUUCUGUCUGUGAGAGAAGUGGAGGGGCCAAGCUCACAUAAUGACUUAUUUUAUAUAUUUUUACUUUUUUUUUUCUUCAUUGUUGUGGUUGCAGUUAAUACAAGAAUGGAUUGUAAGGUCACAUUUAGUAUCUUUUCUACAUGUAAACAUGGGCUAAUUAUCUUGAAUUAA